UGGCGUCAAGGGCGCCCAAAAGAAAAGUCCUUCCUCUAUGAAAUUGUGUCCACAAAAAAACGCGUUGAUGUGGACAAGUUUGACUACUUGGCCAGGGACUCUUCCUACCUGGGGAUCAAGAACAACUUUGACUUUCGCGUCCUGCAGUUUGCCAGAGUGUGUGAGGUUGAUGGCAGGAAAACUAUCUGCACCAGAGACAAGGAGGAAGACCAUAUGUACGACUUUUCUAUACAAGACACCAUCUCCACAAAAGAGCCUGUCAGCACAGAACAAGUGUUUGAGGAAAUACUGAAGUCUUCCUGCUCAGAGCUAAAAAAGGCAAGAGAGAUUCUGCAAAACAUCAUCUCUCGAAAGAGCUACAAGUUUGUUGAUGAGAGAAAGCCAAAGGACCCCAUCGAGGAUUGGAAAAGCCGGAUUACUGGCUGGAAAAAAUUAUUGGCUCAACCCCUCCCUGACGAGGAAGAAAACAACCUGAAACCAGAGGACUUUGAAAUCCUGGUCAUUGAAAUGGACUAUGGCAUGGACGACAAGGACCCUAUCCAACAUGUUCAUUUCUACAGCAAAUCUGAGCUUGACGUGGCAAAGCCAAUGCCCGAAGAAAAGGGAUCCAGGAUUCGCACAACGUGCUUUUCUGAGCAGCUGAUCAGGGUCUUCUGUAACAAGAUUGAUGACAAGAGUGUGGAGGCUGCCAAAAAGCACUUUAAACAGUGGCUGGAGAAGAAUCCAUAUCUGGAUGGAUCUGAGGAGGCAAGAAAGAUUCUGCAAAAAAUUGUCUCUGGAGAGAUCUACAAGUUUGUUGGUGAGAGAAAGCCAGAGGAGACCAUCAAGGAUUGGAAAAGCCAGAUUUCUGGCUGGAAAGAAGGAUUGGCUCAACCCCUCCCUGACGAGGAAGAAAACAACCUGAAACCAGAGGACUUUGAAAUCCUGGUCAUUAACAAGGACUACGGCAUGAAAGACGAGAACAGGAAAAAUGAAUCCAGGAUUCGCACAUUGAUCUUUUCUGAGCAGCUGAUCAGGGUCUUCUGUAAGGAGAUUGAUGACGAGAGUGUGGAGGCUGCCAAAAAGCACUUUAAACAGUGGCUAGAGAAGAAGCCAAAUCUGGUUGGACCUGAGGGUAAUUAGAGCGAUCCUCCUGAAGUUGACACCAAGGAACUUACCAAACAACAUAAAUAACACUGAAUAAUAUUUGCAUUCAGACCUAGCACUCAUGUUUUUCUCGCUUUUAUCAUAUACAUGCUGUAUCAUUCUUUUAAAUUGAUUGUUUAAAAAUCAGUUCCAACAACACACAACAUGUUUUUAUUCUGAGGACAAAGAUAAAUCAUAAUAUAUGAUACCACUCUGUACAAUUACGGGGCCUGCAGUCAAUAUGAAACAGUAUCAUUGGCCCAUUUAAUUCACUGUGUUACGCUUCUAUCGACUCACACAGAAAACCCAUUCAAAAUUUGAUACAGAAAAAAUUGGAUACUUUUUUUUAACAUUAAGGAAAAUAUAUAUUAGUUAUAAAGCCAUAUCUCAAAGAUCACUGGAUCUGGAUCGCUUCUGGAUUUGAAUUUCUGAUCUCUAAACUGAUACAUAGACACACAUGACACUGGAUACUUACACAGCUAGCAGCUGUAUGGCUGUUGAAUACCAUUUAGGUAAAGAAAGCCAUUAUUGAAAUCCAACAAUCAUUGUCUCAAACUGAAUAUAUAAACUGCAUGUUUCUGAAUUGAUUCAGCUUUUGGUCACAUUUAUGCUUCUUUGUAGGUUGUGAAUUAUUUUUGGUCGGGGAAAGAUGUAAAGCACUCCCAACAUGUGUAAUGGAGUGAAUAUUUCACUUGUGGUUUUAUUUAGGGAUUUAUAAUACUCAGUGGUGUUUUAGUUUUGAUGUUAAUCGUUUGAAGAUUGAGGAAAUGAGAUUAGAUUAUUUGUCUUUGAGUGGUGUUUAAUGAGAGAUGAUCAUGAGUGAUGUUUUGGUGACUGGUAUUAUCUUAUAUUAUAUUACUUUGUAUCUGCAGCAUUUAUUAUCACAAUACAAUUUUAACCUGUUUUAAAAUGAGUCUUAUUUUGGGCAUGUUUUAUAAUGUGCUCUUCUUUUGAGUUUAUGAUUCUUACUUUAAAAACUGGAACUUGUGAAAACCUUUAUUUGCAUCUAAAAACUUGAAAUUCGAAUUAAACAAUACAUUUUUAAACGUAUCCAUCAACUACCUUUCUUGGAUGGAUGAUGAAUGUGUUUAAAUGUAUGACAGACUUUAAGUGAAGCUAUAAUUGUUUGACGAUUGGUUCUUACAUAAUGCAUCUAUGAGAACCUUUCAAGUGUAUUCCUGUUGUGAUGGGUUCAUAUCUGAUAAAAUCUGCAUGUAUUCAAAAUAAACAUCAGAGAAAAUCCUGAGUUCAA